CUCAACGCUCAAACGCCAUGGUUCUACCGGCUUCAGAUAUUAAUCUUCCAACCACAAACACCACCCAAGGAACACUUGAAAUCUGCGAUGAGCUAGAUAUCUUUUCCACUGCUGAACACUUCCAUGAGAUCAAAUUAUCGUCCAUUCAACAAUCUGAAAUGCCAGCUAAAAGGGAGACGAAUCCUCUGAAGGAGAAGCAGAUUUCGGUGGAUCCCAUAUCUUUAAGAGAAUCAUCUAGGAGGGAGGCUAGUUUUAAUUUAAUGUUGCCGCCUAUUCUCACUCCACCAGAUGGACCACUGCCUCUACCACCCUUGAAACCUCCGCUUGUAAGCUGCAGCCUCCCUAACUCAGCCUGCUCGUCACCUCGAUUCAGCUUCCCUUUUUUGAAGAAGAAAUGGAAGAAUGAAAGCCAAGCAUCACCUCGUCAAAUUGAUCGUCUGGCUUAUCAACAUUCUGGUGCACACCCUCACCAUUUCUCUCAGCAAGAAGUUAAUCUGAGGAAGAGCAAGUCUUGCGCAGAAGGAAGAAUUUCUUCAGCUGCUGAUGAACUUGAUCUUUGGUUUAGCAAAUCGAAUGUCAUCAACUAUGAAACCAAGCCACAGGGAAACUUCUCCAUAUCUGAGGCUAACAUAGACGAUCACAAGGAUGGUAAGAAAUUCGAUUCUAACGAUGAGGGAUUUAAAUGUGGAGCCCUUUGCAUGUAUCUUCCAGGCUUUAGCAGGGUAAAACCAGUGAGAUCAAAGAAAGAACAAGUAGAAGCUGAAGUCCGAAACAUAAUAUCCAGGACAGUUUCUCUGGAAAAAUUUGAAUGUGGAUCAUGGGCUUCAUCGGCUAUUAUAAAUGACCAUGAAGAUGGAGACUCCACGAAUCUUUAUUUUGACUUACCAUUGGAGCUAAUCCGUACUAGUGUGAACGAUGCAAAUUCGCCGGUGGCUGCCGCAUUUGUAUUUGACAAGGAUCAUAAAGGGGUUCUCAAGAACACUUCAACAAGAGCAACAAACAGAAAAUCCCAUGAAUCCCCACGCCAUGUUCGGUUUUCAACCUCAUCUCCGACAUCUUACCCUGCCUCGCCGGCUGCUUGCAUUACGCCUCGCCUGCGCAAGGCAAGAGAGGACUUCAAUGCCUUCUUGGAAGCCCAGAGCACAUGAAUUAUUCUUACAUUAUUAUUUGCUCCUAUUGCUAGUAUUAUGUACUCCGUUUCUUGCUUUUGUGCACACAUGUCCUGCCUGAAAUUAACAAAGAUUAAUAUCUUGUCUAAUUUUGAGUUGAUUCACUUGAUAUUGGUCAGGCUGUUUUCCAAUGUUUAUGACCAAUGAAUAUAUAUGAGAUUUUCCUCAUCUAUCACUACACUAUAAAUUCUUCUUUCUUUC